CAGAUCAUGGAGGAGGCAGUGACGAGGAAGUUUGUGCAUGAGGACAGCAGCCACAUCAUCUCCUUCUGUGCUGCUGUGGAAGCCUGCGUCCUACACGGCUUGAAGAGGAGGGCGGCCGGGUUCCUGCGCAGCAACAAGAUAGCAGCUCUCUUCAUGAAGGUGGGGAAGAGCUUCCCUCAGGCUGAGGAGCUCUGCAAGAAGGUGCAAGACCUGGAGCAGCUCAUUGAGAACGUACGGAACCAGGCCCAGGGCAUCCCGGAGAACGUGCGGAAGGUGCCGAAGCUGCCCAACCUGUCCCCCCAAGCCAUCAAGCACCUCUGGAUCCGCACAGCCCUCUUCGAAAAGGUCUUGGACAAAAUCGUGCACUACUUGGUGGAAAACAGCAGUAAGUACUAUGAGAAAGAAGCUCUCCUGAUGGAUCCUGUGGAUGGGCCAAUCCUUGCAUCUUUAUUAGUGGGGCCCUGUGCACUGGAGUACACCAAGAUGAAGACUGCUGACCACUUCUGGACAGACCCCUCAGCUGAUGAGCUGGUUCAGAGGCACCGGAUCCACAGCUCCCACUGUCGCCAGGACUCACCCACCAAGCGCCCGGCGCUCUGUAUCCAGAAGAGGCACUCGAGUGGCAGCAUGGAUGACAGGCCGUCGCUCUCUGCCAGGGACUACGUGGAGUCCCUGCACCAGAACUCCAGAGCCACCCUCCUCUAUGGCAAGAACAAUGUCCUGGUGCAGCCAAGAGAUGACAUGGAGGCCAUCCCAGGAUAUCUGUCCCUUCACCAGACUGCUGACAUCAUGGCCCUGAAGUGGACUCCCAACCAGCUGAUGAAUGGCUCCAUGGGGGAUCUGGACUAUGAGAAGAGCCUAAGCUCUAACAUUUCCCAGUGUCAAGAUGUGACCAAGGAAGAGAGAAGCCAGCUGACAAGUGUGUACUGGGACUACGCCAUGACUAUCCGCCUGGAGGAGAUUGUCUACUUGCACUGCCACCAGCAAGUAGACAGUGGUGGGACGGUUGUCUUGGUGAGCCAGGAUGGCAUUCAGAGGCCCCCACUGAGGUUCCCCAGAGGAGGACACUUGCUGCAGUUCCUGUCCUGCCUGGAGAAUGGGCUCCUGCCCCAUGGGCAGCUGGAUCCACCCCUCUGGUCACAACGAGGAAAGGGAAAGGUGUUCCCCAAGCUGAGGAAGCGGAGUCCCCAGGGCUCCUCCGAGUCUGCCUCCGACAAGGAAGACGACGAAGCCACGGAUUAUGUGUUCAGGAUCAUCUACCCAGGGACACAGUCUGAAUUCGUUGCCAUUAAUGGUAAUUUUCACCCAUUCCUUGCCUCUGUGACCUCCGUCGCUGCUACGAGGGGGAAGAUGGAGAGAACUCCAGCUGCAAGCAAGACAGUGGUGACCCCUAAAUGGUUUCUGAGGGCCACUCAGCAUCUGUUGCCCCAGGACCUGAUGGACACACCAGGUGCUGGCCUCCCUCCCAUGUGGCAACCCAGCACCCGCAAGUCCUCCUGCUCCUCCUGCUCUCAGAGUGGCUCCUCUGAUGGUGGACCAUCCAAUGGCUGCAGCCAUGAGAGAGCUCCCCUGAAGCUGCUGUGUGACAACAUGAAGUACCAGAUCCUCUCCCGGGCCUUCUACGGCUGGCUGGCCUACUGCCGUCACCUCUCCACAGUGCGAACCCAUCUGUCCGCCCUGGUCAACCACAGCAUCGUGUCUCCUGAUGUGCCCUGCAGUGCCAGCUCAGGACUGACUGUGGACAUAUGGCAGAGAUACCUGCAGGACACCACGAGUUAUGAGGACCAGGAGCUGCUGCGGCUGAUCUACUAUGGUGGGAUCCAGCACGAGAUCAGGAAGGCUGUCUGGCCCUUCCUGCUGGGCCAUUACCACUUUGGGAUGACAGAGGCAGAAAGGAAAGAGGCUGAUGAGCAGAUCCGUGCCUGCUACGAGCACACCAUGGCCGAGUGGCUGGGCUGCGAGGCCAUCGUCCGGCAGCGGGAGAAGGAGUCACACGCAGCAGCCUUGGCCAAGUGCUCCUCUGGGGCCAGCCUGGACUCCCACAUUCAGAGGAUGAUGCACAGGGACUCUACCAUCAGCAACGAGUCCUCUCAGAGCUGCAGCUCUGGCCGCCAGAAUCACGCCCGGCUGCAGAGCGACUCCAGCUCCAGCACCCAGGUGUUUGAGUCUGUUGAUGAAGUAGAACAGGCUGAAGGAGAUUCUCAACUGGAAGAUGGCAAACAAAGCAAGAUCCCCAACGGGACAGUUCCCAAUGGCACAUGUUCUCCUGAUUCUGGCCACCCAUCUUCCCAGAACUUCUCCAUCACAUCAGGAUUCUCGGAGCGAAGCUUCAGCAACGAGGACAGCGCCAUGGAAACCAACAAAUCCUCAACUAGCUCUCAGGGUAAAGCUGGUGGGUCUGACCUGCCAGGUCCACAGGACCAUGAUGGUGCCCAGCAAGAGGAGAACCUGCAGGGCCAAGACAGCCUGGAAGGUGAAUUUUCCACCAGUGGAAGUGUGGAUUUUGUUCCUGUGGAUGACAGCUCGUCGGGGGUCCUACGUGAUCGCGACAGCGUGGCCCUGACGGUGGUGGAGAGCUGGGCAGACAGUGAAGCUGAAAAGCAAAGCUUAGUGGAAAGUGAAGAUAACCUCUCUGAGGAACCAGAGAUGGAGAGUUUGUACCCACAGCUGGAUUCUCUGGCUGUAACUGAUCUGGCCAACAGUGACACAUCUGCUGUCUCCUCAACGGGAGUCACCUACUCUGCAGAGCUGCUGGACAUGUACACAGUGAACCUGCACCGCAUCGAGAAGGACGUGCAGCGCUGCGACCGCAACUAUUGGUACUUCACCCCUGCCAACCUGGAGAAGCUCCGCAACAUCAUGUGCAGCUACAUCUGGCAGCACAUUGAGAUUGGCUAUGUGCAGGGCAUGUGUGACCUUCUAGCCCCUCUUCUGGUCAUCCUGGAUGAUGAGGCUCUGGCUUUCAGCUGUUUCACUGAGCUUAUGAAGAGGAUGAAUCAGAACUUCCCCCAUGGAGGAGCCAUGGACACCCACUUUGCCAACAUGAGGUCUCUGAUUCAGAUCCUGGACUCUGAGCUCUUUGAGCUGAUGCACCAGAAUGGUGAUUACACUCACUUCUACUUCUGCUACAGAUGGUUUCUCCUGGACUUCAAGAGAGAGCUGGUGUAUGAUGAUGUGUUUGCAGUCUGGGAGACCAUCUGGGCAGCUGCACAUGUCUCUUCUGCUCACUAUGUGCUCUUCAUAGCCCUGGCUUUGGUGGAGAUGUACCGGGACAUCAUCUUGGAGAACAACAUGGAUUUCACAGACAUCAUCAAGUUUUUCAAUGAGAUGGCUGAGAGACACAACACCAAACAGAUCCUGAAGCUGGCUCGGGACCUGGUCUACAAAGUCCAGACUCUGAUCGAGAACAAGUGA